AUGAAAAUUAUUACUGGAUAUGCAAUAAUCUUAGGAUUUUUGAUACCUUUCGGCUAUUGCUACAAUAUCACAGUUUCACGAGAUCCUUAUGAUAAAGAAGUUUACAGAUUCGUCAAAGAGGUUAUCAAGGAUUGGAAUCGAAAACACAUUAAUGACACCAAUGAAAUAAGCAUAAUGAACCUGGACAACGACAAGUCAUUAUUUGACAUAGUUAGGCGAGCAAUUCCAAAAGAAAACCCUAUACUGUUGCCAGAAAAUGGAUGUAAAGAUUUUGCAAAAUAUUCAAAUCUAAGACAAAGUUCGAUAUUCAUAAUUAUUUCAAAGGUUAUUGGUGACAUACAAUAUUAUGUAAAUCAGCUUCAUGGAUGCAUGGACUUUGGUUUUUGGACACCAUUGACAAAUACUUUAGUAAUUUUUCCUGUAGAUGUCCAUCUAAUUGAGGACUACCAAUGUGUUUCUCAAAUUUUAACUGGUUCGAAAACUUUAAACUACGUCAUACCAUAUAUUCAUGCAGGAAAAAUUACUAAUAUCUUCAAAGGUGACAUUCUGUUUAAAAAAGUUGAUGUAAUAAGCUUCACAACUGAUACAGACCUCCUCUUUAAUGACAAACUAUCGAGUAUGAAUGGUUACGGAUACACAGCAAUAACAUACACACAAGAAAUGUUAAAAAACAACAAGCUUUUCAUGCCUGAAGUUUUUCUAUUAGAAACAAUUGCUAAACAACAGAAUGCAUAUGUUAAUCGAUAUGAACAAAACUUUACAGGACUUAAGGAACUUGAAUAUGUUGUUAUGCAGGCAGUGGUCGAUAUGAUUGUUAAUUUUGGAUCUCUUUCUAGUUUUUUUGGAAACAAGAGUCUUCCUAAGUCAUUUAAUACUUAUGAAACUAACGGUUAUUGUGCAUUAGUUCCGAUUCGACUGAAUAAUGAGGCACUGAUUAAAUACUUUAUUAAACCUUUUCAAAAAAGUGUUUGGUUUAUUCUCAUUGUUGCUGCUAUUUUGGUCGCAUCCAUAUGCGAGCUAUAUCAUAAGUUGUUGCCUGAUAAUCAAAUGAUCCAACGAAGCUACAUUCUACAAGCUUUUGUUCAACAACCAAUAAAAAUUCGUAAAGGGCGCUUUGUGCUAAGGAUCAUGAUUCAAAUCUAUAUAUUUUCUAUGAUCAUUGUUGGAAAUAUUUAUCAAGGCGUUAUCACAUCGAUGUUACUAGAACCGAUUAAAUAUCAAAACAUUGACAAUAUCCAGGAACUGUUUUCGAUGGAAUAUGAUUUCUACAGUGAUGUUUUGUUCGUUGAAGCUUUUCAAAAAUACGAGACAUUUUCGGAAGUCAUUAAAAAGACCCAAGCUCUUCAUGAGUGGCAACAGAAUUCAGCAUACAUAAAACAGUAUCAAGAUGUUAUGACACACAAUCCUAAUAAUGUCCUGAUUGUUACAUGCAAUGUUGUUCAAGAACUCUUAAACACUCAAAUUGAUCAAAGAACUAAAGCACGUGAUGUUUACUUUGAAUUUCAUCAAAAGUUGGUUAUGUAUUACGAAGAUAUCAUGUUAACAAGACGAAGUCCAUUUUAUGACAAACUAGAUGAAAUGUCAUUACGGAUGCAUGAAUCAGGAAUAAAGCAACAUUGGUCGAUGCGUUUAGGAUAUGACAAGUACAAGACAAGGAAUAAUGCUGAUUCAUUAGUUUUAGGUUUUAAGGAAAUGAAACCUGUAUUUAACGAAGGUUUAGUCAUAGCUAUAGAAACGAUUGAUUUGCAACACAAAAAAAAAGUUCUUCAUUCAUUGCAGACUGCAUUUUUCAGGAUGAACAUUUUAUUUGGUUACGCGUUAAUUUUGGGAUAUUUGAUAUCUUGCGGCUUUUGUUACAACUUCAAAAUGUCUAGAGAUCCUUAUGAUAAGGAAAUUUAUAGAUUUGUGAAUCUAGUUUUAAAAGAUUGGAAUCAAAAACAUAUAAAUAAAACCAAUGAAAUUAGCAUUAUGAACUUGGAUAACGACACGUCAUUGUUUGACGUAGUUAGACGUGCAAUACCGAAUGAAAAUCCGAUUCUGUUGCCAGAGAAAGGUUGUACAGAUGCUGCUAAAUAUUCAAAUUUGAGACAAAGCUCAUUAUUCAUCAUUAUAUCAAAGAUACUAGGGGAUAUACAUCAUUACUUAAACCAGCUACUUGGAUGCAUCGACUUUGGAUUUUGGACACCACUGACAAAUGUUCUUGUCAUUCCUUCUUCAAAUGUUUUUGGUCUUGAAGAUUAUCAAUUUCCUUCUGAAGUAUUAACAGUUACACAAACUUUAAACUAUAUAAUUCCUUACAUUGAGGCUGGAAGGAUUACAAAAUUAAUUAGAGGUGACAUUCUUUUAAAAAAGGUUGAAACAAUAAGCUUGACAGCUAAUACAGAUGUCCUAUUUAAUGACAAACUAUCGGAUAUGAAGGGCUAUGGAUUUACAGUAAUGGCGUAUACAAAGAAUACACGACUAAUUAUGAAAAACUAUAAGUUUUUGAUCACUGAAGUUUUACUCAUAGAAACGAUUGCCAAGACACUGAAUGCUAAAAUUAGGCAUAAUAAUCAAACAGCAAAUUUCAAAGAACUUGAGUCCAUAAUAAAGCUUGGGAAAAUUGACAUGAUAUUGAAUUUUGGCUCACUUUCGAGUUUGUUUGGAGAUCAAAGAGUACUUAAAGCUGUCAAUACAUACGAAACAAAUGGAUAUUGUGCACUAGUUCCAAUACGACUUAAUCGUGAGAAUUUGAUGAGAUUCUUCACAAGACCAUUCCAAGGAAACGUCUGGUUUGCUUUGUUCCUUUCAGCUUUGAUCGCUUCAAUGGUCUGUGAUGGAUUUUACAGACUGUCUGAAAAUUGUAUGGUUUCAGGAAGGUACAUGAUUAUUGACAUUAUGAUGGCAUUCUCUCAACAAUCAGUUAAGAUUCGUAAGGGACGAUUAGUACUUAAAGUUAUGCUUCAAAUCUUCAUAUUUAUGAUGAUUCUCAUCGGUAAUAUUUAUCAAGGUAUGAUCACAUCAAUCUUGCUUGAACCAAAGAAUCAGCACAAUGUCAAUGAUGUCCAGGAACUGCUAUCCAUGGAUUAUGAAUUCUACAGCGAUGCACUGUUCAUUGAAGCUCUAAGAAAACACGAGUCAAAUCUUCAUAUUAUUGAAAAGUCUAAAGUGCUUAAGGAAUGGCUAAAAGGUUCAAAAUACGUCAAACAGUACCAAGAUGUUAUGACUCAACCCCCAAAUAAUGUUCUGAUUGUUGUAUGUGACAUGGUCCAGGAGCUUUUAAACACAAAUAUUGAUGAGAGAACCAAAGCACGUGAUGUCUACUUUGAGUUCCACAAUAAGCUGCUUAUGUAUUAUGAGGAUAUUGUAUUGACAAGACGAAGUCCAUUUUAUGAAAAAUUAAGGAAAAUGUCAUUAAGGAUUCAUGAGACAGGAAUCAAUGACAAGUUUAAGUCAAGUGAUAAUUUAGAAUCAUCAAUGUUAAAAUUGAAGGAAAUCAUGCAAAUAUUUAGAGCCUAUUUUCGUGGUUUAUUUAUUGCUAGCUUGGUCUUUUUUCUUGAGUUCUUUAAAAAUGGCUUGAAAUUAUUUUACCGUCGAUGGAUUAAGAGAUGCUUUAGAUGUAUACAAAAAUAUACUCAUCGUAGAAUUAUUCCAAGAAUGCAAAGAGUUUGA